AGCAAUCAUUAAAAGAAAAGAAAGCAAAGCAGCAGCAGCAGCACGCGCUAGGUGCACGCCAUUUGCACAAUGGAGCCGGCGGUGAAGGAGAGCGUGAAGCGCAUCCCGCUGCUCAAGACCAAGGCUGGCCCGCGCGACGGCGACAGCUGGACGACGCGCCUCAAGGAGGAGUACACCUCGCUCAUCACCUACGUCGAGAACAACAAAGCGAGCGAUGCGCACUGGUUCCAGCUGGAGAGCAACCCGCAAGGCACGCGGUGGUACGGCACCUGCUGGACCUACUACAAGAACGAGAAGUACGAGUUUGAAAUAAACUUUGACAUCCCGGUGACCUACCCGCAGGCGCCGCCGGAAGUGGCACUGCCGGAGCUGGAGGGCAAGACGGUCAAGAUGUACCGCGGAGGGAAGAUUUGCAUGACGACGCACUUUUUCCCUCUUUGGGCACGCAACGUACCGUACUUCGGCAUUAGUCACGUUCUCGCGCUAGGGCUGGGGCCGUGGCUCUCGAUUGAGGUGCCGGCAAUGGUGGAGGAGGGCUUCCUGAAGCCGAAGAGCGCGUCAGAGGCAGCGGCACAGGCGGCGUAG